AUGGAGCUUGUGGCGCGCCCCAUCUGUGUGGUCUUCGUGAUUCUGCAUCUGAGCCUCGGAGUUCCCUUGGCUUGGACUUCGGCAGGGAAUUUCCGCGGGACCGUGCAGGAUUUCGGCAAACGUCAAGUCGAAGUGUUCGCCGGGAUACCGUUCGCGAAACCGGCCCUGAAACUCAAUCGUUUCAGACCGCCAGAGAAAUUGAAACGUUCCCCGUUGAUUUCGAGGUUCGCUCCCUUCGGCGUGAUCAAAUACCCCGCGUCCUGUGUUCAGUCGCCGGCCACCAACACGAGUGAGGACUGUCUGUAUCUAUCUGUGUGGAGACGUCAGGGAACAAUCGCAAUUAACCGGAAACCAGUAGUCGUAAUCAUACAUGACGGUGGCUUCUACAGAGGGAGUGGCCACGGUGAAUGGCACGGAAACGCUCUCGCGGCUCUGGGAGACGUAAUCGUGGUCGGCUUCAACUAUAGGCUCGGAGUGUUGGGUUUCCUCGAUCUCGGCGUGCACGGCGCCGAAGGCUCCGUGGGACUCGAGGACAAGCAACUCGCUCUGGGAUGGGUCCAUGAUCACACAUCCGGGUUCGGCGGGGACCGGCAUAACAUCAUUCUUCUCGGUACCGAAGCUGGGGCGUCCAGCGCGAUUUACCAUAUCAACCAGACCUCGAGUCGAUACCAGGGUGCGAUCGUCGAUCUGCUAUGGUCACCCCCAGACGAUAAAAGAACUCUCUUCGAAAGAGGACUCGAGGUCUCCAAGAACCUAAAUUGUUCAGGGGGAGAACCGGAGGCAAUCGCUUUCUGUUUGCGCACGCAGAGUGUGGAAACUUUGGCAGGAAUAGGCCAAAUUUUCCAUCCAAACAUAAGCAUUGACGUCAGGACGAACGGCCUCCCCGUGGUAGUCGGCUUCGCCGUGCCUGGUUCUCGUAACGUCGCUUUGGCGUCUGUAUGCAAAACACUCCGCUGGGCCGAAAGCGCUGCAGAAGCGGGAUCUUCGGUGAACCUGUUUCUCUGGCGAAAAAAUUCAGCGGCCCUACUGGAGUUCAUCGGAUCUGCUCUGGGCUCGCGCUCCGGAGACAGUGAAUCCUCUCAGGACCAUAACAAUCCCGCGAUCCCGAGGUUGAACUUGACGGAGACUGUGAGGGAAAUCACUCAGUGGGAAAGCUCAAAUCACUCCCUCUUUUGGACAAAUGCAAGCCCGGACACCGAAUCAAACGAGAAAUCGGUCGAAAGGCUGACGUUGGCCAAUCUCGGCAGAGAGAAUCUCGAAUGA